UCCAACCUCUCGUAUGCCCAAAAUUCAAGGAGCUCUCUCCCCUUUUUCUACUCCAAGAUUACUCUUGGGAUUGAGCCUCUCUUGCCCCACCUCCCCUAUCAUCUUCCAUUGCACCACGGUCCCCUCCCUCUCCCUUUCGGUGCGGCAAGAUGGCGAACUCUGCAUCGGGGAUGGCCGUACAUGAUGACUGUAAGCUCAGGUUUCUGGAGCUGAAAGCGAAGAGGAGCUUCAGGUUCAUAGUGUUCAAGAUCGAUGAGAAAAUCCAACAGGUCGCCGUCGAGAAGCUAGGCCAGACCGACGAGAGCUAUGAAGAUUUUGCCGCCAGCCUGCCCGCCAAUGAGUGCCGCUACGCAGUUUUCGAUUAUGAUUUCACAACAGAAGAGAACUGCCAGAAAAGCAAGAUUUUCUUCAUCGCAUGGUCUCCAGAUACGUCGAGAGUAAGGAGUAAAAUGUUGUAUGCCAGCUCCAAGGACAGAUUCAAGAGGGAAUUGGAUGGGAUCCAAGUCGAGCUGCAGGCAACCGAUCCCAGCGAAAUGAGCAUGGACAUAAUAAAGGGGCGUGCCAUGUAAUAAGCGGAGCAUUGAUCGAUCUCGCGAUCCUGGGGGGCUUUCACACCUUGUCAUGUUUCCUAAUUUAAUCGUUUCGUCCAAAUUCGACCACUGCAAAAUGUAAUUUCCUUUAAAAAGAAAAAAGAAAUUUCAAAUUCAUCAUUUUAAAUUUAAGACUUCGAUUGGAAUUGGGCUGAUGCAUAGCUUAUUCCAAGCUCAAGAAAUUGUUGCGUAAUCAAAUGGAAGUUGAAGAGGUGUAGUGGUAGUGGCAUCGUUGUCUCAUUCAUACGUUUGGUAACUUAGUACCCCUCCUUUUCAACUAGGGGAAAUUUUCUUGGGCAACUUGUAACUUCUUUUGUACCUUAAAAAGGAGAAAAAAAAAUCUUCUGUUGUCAGUAAUGUAUUUAUUUUCUUUCAGUUUUUU